AAAGAAAAAAAUGGUGAAUAUGGAAAAAGAUGGGCAAAAGCCACACGCAAUCUUCAUUGCAUAUCCUCUCCAAGGUCACGUAAUCCCAUCCGUCAAUCUCGCUCUCAAGCUUGCAUCAAAGGGUUUCACCAUCACCUUCAUCAACACCGAAUGCGUCCAACACAAGACAUCCAAAGCACGAGGUGGUGGCGACGGCGACGACCACGACUACUUCGCCGGAGCUCGGAAAGCCGGUCUGGAUAUACGUUAUAAAACCAUUUCAGAUGGUCUACCCGUGGAAUUCGACCGGUCACUGAACCACGAUCAAUUCAUGAAUUCUCUCCUUCACGUCUUCUCUGCUCACGUCGAAAUUCUCGUGGGUAAAAUCGUUAAAUCUGAACCGUCCGUCACUUGCUUGAUUGCUGAUACUUACUUCGUUUGGCCUUCUACGAUCGCUAAGAAAUUUGGUCUCCUUUACGUCUCUUUUUGGACCGAACCGGCUUUGGUUUUCAGUAUCUACUAUCACCUCCACCUUCUCAAAACUAAUUGUCACUUCGCUUGUCAUGAUAAGAGAGAGGACCCCAUAGAUUACAUACCCGGUGUAUCGUCGAUUGAACUGACCGAUCUAACAUCAUACUUACAAGACACCGACAUAUCAACGGUUUGUCAUCAGAUCAUCUACAAGGCGUUCGAUCAAGCCAAAGUAGCUGAUUUUGUGAUAUCCAACAGUGUACAAGAGCUGGAGCCCAACGUAAUCUCGGCAUUACAGGUGGAAAAGCCUUUCUACACAGUGGGUCCCAUUUUUUCGACCAAAAGUCUAGUGGCAACGAGCCUGUGGUCCGAGAGCGACUGCAACCAUUGGCUCAACACUAAGCCUGAUGGUUCGGUGCUUUACGUGUCAUUCGGUAGCUACGCACACGUCAGCAAGGAGGAAAUCGUGGAGAUAGCUAAGGGGAUCCAACUCAGCAAUGCUAAUAUUGUCUGGGUGGUUCGACCGGAUAUCGUGAGUUCUGAUGAGGUCGACCCGUUACCCGAUGGAUUCAGGGAAGAGAUGGGAGAGAGAGGGUUGAUAGUGCAGUGGUGCCGUCAGAUGGAAGUACUGAAGCAUCCAGCCGUUGGUGGGUUCUUGACCCAUUGUGGUUGGAACUCUAUAAUGGAGACCAUAUGGUGUGGGGUUCCGAUGUUGUGCUUCCCUCUAUACACGGAUGAGUUUACAAAUAGGAAAUUAGUGGUAGAUGAUUGGAUGAUCGGGAUGGAUCUCUGCCGUAGGAAACGGGUUACAAAAGAUGGAGUAGCGGAUAAUAUAAACCGUCUGAUGAGUGGGAAAGAAGGGGAGGAAUGUAGGGUGGAGAUCAAGAAGGUGAGGAAGGCAUUGGAGAAUGCAAUUGCGGCGGGUGGGUCAUCGGAUAGAAAUCUGGAUCGAUUCAUUGUGGACCUCACGAACCGGACUGCAGCUAAACCACACCGGAUCUGA